AGUGAGGAGUCCGGCUCUCUGCCACAAACCAGGAGGAGAUCCGAGGAGAAGGAGCGCACUGCCGGAGCUGCAGGGAGAGAGAGAGAGAGAGAGAGAGACAUAUACUGAGGAGAGAGAGAGGAGCAUAGAAGCGCGUGUUUCAGCUCAGAAGCGCUCAGUCUGCAGGAGGAGAGCUCUGAGAAGCUGCACGUUCAUUCUCUCCUGAUCAGUUUUACGCACGGACCGCCGGAGCGCCUCUUCCAGGAGAUCUGGUGUUAUCUUUUGCGCAAGAACGGACUGUUAUCGAGGCAGUGUAUUAUAAGAGGAUAAUCGAUGGGAACAUAUGUUUUUCUUUUCUUAAUCAUCACACGUGCUUUUUACCAAGUAAAUGCGCAACUGGGAAAAACCAAGAAAACCAGAGCGAAAGAUUUUGGGGAUAUUUUUAUCGAGACGAAGAGGAAUCACUCACUUUCUUUCAGGUUUUUGAAAACUUAACAGUCGUCUGGACGUGUCUGUUAGUUUCAACCUGUGAUUUCUACUUUCUUUGACAUUUGUUAUUUCCAACUGAGUGUCAACGAGGUUUUUAUUCCCACGCGCCUUGAGACUGACAGGAGGACUGUGCGCACCGCAGUGGAUUUUGAGCCUUUAAAGAUGUAUUUAGAGUAGAUAUUGCGCGGAUUUCACAUCAAUUUGUGCAAAUUAGUUUCUUUUUUUUUUUCAAAAAAGAAGAAGAACACGUGGACAUAUAGUGCGCACAUAGCAGUGUGUUUAACCCAGCACGAUAUUCCUGGAGAGCCCGGUAUCCGUGGUGGAUUUUGGACACUAUACUUUGUGUUGCGCUUCAGAGAAAUAGAGAACUGUGGAAAAAAAAGGACUCUGGACUCUCAGAUAUUACAGAAUAAACCCACAGAGGAGGAGAAGAGGUGGUGUUUUCUCCGUAAAGAUGGAUUUAUUCCUCUGGCUCUGUGGAUGUUUACUGGCUUCUCUGUUGCCUUCAGCGGUCCGAGCGGAGGAAGGAGCGUCUGAGCCCUGCGGUGGCUUUUUAGAUGCCAGCGAUGCCGGCUAUAUCACCACCCCCGGCUACCCGCUGGAGUACCCACCUCACCAGAACUGUCGCUGGGUCAUCACAGCCCCCGAGCCCUCGCAACGCAUCGUCCUCAACUUCAACCCGCAUUUUGAGAUAGAGAAACUGGACUGCAGGUAUGACUACGUAGAGAUCCAUGAUGGGAACUCGGAGACAGCUGACCUACUGGGGAAGCACUGCAGCAACAUCGCCCCGGCACCAAUCAUAUCGUCAGGGCCGUCGCUCCACAUCAAGUUCGUGUCGGACUACGCCCACCAGGGGGCGGGCUUCUCACUGCGCUACGAAAUCUUCAAAACUGGUUCAGACUGUUCCCGUAACUUCACCAGUCCCUCGGGUCUCAUCGAGUCCCCGGGCUUCCCCGACAAAUACCCCCACAACCUGGAGUGCUCCUUCAUCAUCAUCGUGCCCCCCAGCAUGGACGUGACCCUCACCUUCCUCACCUUCGACCUGGAGAACGACCCCCUGCCGGGCGGAGAGGGGGACUGCAAGUACGACUGGCUGGAGGUGUGGGACGGGCUCCCAGGAGUUGGCCCUCUGAUUGGUCGAUACUGUGGGACCAGGGUGCCUCCUGAAAUCCAAUCAUCUACCGGGAUCCUCUCUCUAUCCUUCCACACGGACAUGGCCGUGGCUAAAGAUGGCUUCUCAGCUCGAUACAACAUGACGCACAAGGAAGUCAGUGAGACGUUCCACUGUAGUAAUGCGUUCGGUCUGGAGUCGGGAAAGAUCACAGAUGACCAGAUCACCGCCUCGUCAAGUUUCUACGAUGAACACUGGCUGCCGCGACAGGCCCGACUCAAUUACCAUGACAACGGAUGGACGCCCAAUGAAGACAGCAACAGAGAGUACAUACAGGUGGACCUCCAUACGUUGAAGGUGCUCACAGGCAUCGCCACCCAGGGCGCCAUUUCAAAGGAAACUCAAAAGGCUUACCACGUCACCACCUUCAAGCUGGAGGUCAGCACCAACGGGGAGGACUGGAUGGUCUACAGACACGGCAAGAAUCAUAAGGUUUUCCACGCCAACGUUGACGCCACAGAGGUGGUUCUAAACCGGAUCCCACAGCCGGUCCUGGCCCGCUUCGUACGAAUCCGACCUCAGACGUGGAAGAACGGCAUCGCGUUGCGGUUCGAGCUUUACGGUUGUCAGAUUACGGAUGCUCCCUGCUCAGAGCUACAAGGCAUGCUGUCUGGGCUGCUGCCGGACUCCCAGAUCUCUGCGUCGUCCAUGAGAGACAUCCACGGCUCCAUGGGGGCCGCCAGGCUGGUGGCCAGUCGGUCCGGCUGGUUUCCCAACCCGACACAACCCAUAGCUGGAGAAGAGUGGCUGCAGGUGGACCUCGGCGUGCCCAAGAUGGUACGGGGCAUUAUUACCCAGGGUGCAAGAGGGCUCGAGGGCAGCACCAGCGCCGAGAACAGAGCGUUCGUCAGGAAGUACAAACUGGCGCACAGCUUGACCGGCAAAGACUGGACUCACAUCACCGACAGCAAGACCGGGUUUGCUAAGAUUUUCGAGGGGAACGGCCACUACGAUACUCCAGAGGUGCGGCGGUUCGAGGAGAUAGUGGCCCAGUACAUCAGAGUGUUUCCGGAGAGGUGGUCCCCCGCUGGGAUCGGCAUGAGGAUGGAGGUCCUCGGCUGCGACCUGCCUGAAACCACCACUGUACCUGACACGGCGACCCCCACCCUGCCCAGAGUGGAACAGACCACUGCUGUAAUGAGACCCGCCACCACUCCGUCGCUGUCGGCCGUCUGUGACUUUGAGCAGAGCUUGUGCGGCUGGUCGGCUGAUCCCCAGUCAGGUGUGAGCUGGUCGCUGCACACGGCCAGCAGCGGCUCAACUGGACACGGCACACAUGGGACGAGGCAGGACCUGGCGCUGGGAUCAGACAAUUUCUCAGGGAACUAUCUCCACCUGGACGCCGGCGCCCACACCCAGCGCAAGCGAGCCCGGCUGCUGAGCCCCGAGGUGGGGCCGGAGCGAGGCCCGCUCUGCCUCCUCUUCUACUACCAGCUGCAGGGGGAGGCGCAGGGGAGCCUGAGGGUGCUGCUGAGGGACAACGACCAGGAGGAGACGCUGCUGUGGGCUCUGAAAGGAGACCAGGGGCCUCACUGGAGGGAGGGCCGCACCAUCCUGCCGCAGAGCCCAAAGGAGUAUCAGGUGGCGUUCGAGGGCUUUUUUGAUCACCCGACCAGAGGCCACAUCAGAAUAGACAACAUCCACAUGAGCAACAGCAUCGAGCUGGAGGAGUGUGAACAGCCGUUCCCUGCCUUAACUCCCGGCAUAACCAAUCCCAGGCCUAUGGAUUUUGGAAAAGAUCCUGUUUUCAACCCGAAGCCCCCCAUCAAUGGAGACUAUGUGUUCCCAGGCUGGCCGUCCUCCUUCUCCACCCCGUCCUCCUCUGAUAUGGAUCCCUCCUCCGUCACCCUGGUGUCAGAGAAAGACAAGGACAACGCCUGGCUGUACACGCUGGACCCCAUCCUCCUCACCAUCAUUGUGAUGAGCUCUCUAGGCGUGCUGCUGGGUGCGGUUUGCGCGGGGCUGCUCCUCUACUGCACGUGCUCCUACAGCGGGCUUUCCUCGCGCUCCUCCACGACGCUGGAGAACUACAACUUUGAGUUGUACGACGGGAUUAAGCAUAAAGUGAAGAUCAACCAGCAGAGGUGCUGCUCCGAGGCAUGAAGAGGAGGAGGAGGAGGAGAACUCUAGAGAACGAUGGGGAAAGACACGUCCCGUGAUCUCUUGCAAAAGGAAUUCUGUUCUCGGUUUGGACAAAGAAAACACGAAAAGGAAGCACUAUCUGUUAUUUCAAUCCCCAGUGUCCCCUACCUAAUAUCCUGCUCUGAUGUCUAAAGGGGGUAACAUUCAACCCAGAGGUUCCCCACCUAUUUGCGUGCCAGUGGGAGCUUGUGAACUUGAUCUCCCCUACAUGCUAUGAGGCCUAAACUGGGGAACCCCUGACCCCAGUCUCCCCUACCCACAGUACCAUAUCUCCUCCGCCUGCAGGAGAGAGCCUGCUUGAUUCUCAAAGCCUGUGAAUGAAUGAAGGAAUGAAUAAAUGAAUAUGAAUGACAGAUCUACCAUAGAAUAUAACCCGCCAGCCACUGGAAUGAAGCUAGCAGAUGGACUACAGCACCCAUGACAAUCUGGACAUUUGGACCACAAAUGACAGCACAGUCUGGGUGUUUGGUUAAAACGUUGGUGAUGGAAUUCUUAAUGAAGAGGAGGAUUUCAUUAACAUGUACCCAUGACUGGUAUUUGGCAGAAGGGCAAUGUCAAAUGUGUCCUCUUCGGCUUGAAUUUGAAUGUGGCCAAUAGAGCCGGCAUGCUGAAAUGAAAAAAGCUCCAGCUUCUGACUGUCGGUGAAGACUUCAGCACCAGUGGACCAUUUAAUGUGGGUACUUUUGACUGAAAUCAACACAUAUCAAGCGAAUGCCUAUCCCCCCCUAAAGAAGUUUAAAAGAUAUCAAACCACACUACUCAAAGGAAUCUAGAUUUCUAAAGGUGAAGAAGGAAAAAAAGAGGAUGAAAAAGGACAUUUUCUUUUUGUUUGUUUUUCUGAAAGGUUUAGAUAUGAGUUCUGGGACUUUCAAACGUCCAUUAGCCGGCCAUACGGCACCCGCUCGCUCCUUUGUCUGCCCUCGGUCUGCGCUUUGUGAAACCAGUGGCAUAGAAGAGUAAUGGUGACUGUUUUUGUUAUGUUUUAGACUUGUGUCUGUUUGGAAAAAAAAAGGUAAAGAAAAGCCAGCUUCAGUUCGUAGCCGCCCUGUAGAGCUCUUACGCCAUUUUUAGACUUUCUUUAGCGUUGUGUUGGACUCCAUAGUCUUAACUGUUACUUCAGUCCUUUUCUAUUUCCACACAUUUUCCAUUACAGAUGAUCAGACUUUACAGAGAGUAGAUGAAAGGUAAAAGGAAGAUGGAAGACAGAAAAUCAGAGGUUUAUCUAAAUCUAACAUGCUGUUAUGGAGUCGUGCUUUAGAUUCAGUAUUCUAGGGUUUGUCUUUGGUAUAUAUCUAUAUUUUUUUGCUUUUCAAACUGUAUGAUGCCCACAUGAUGGACAGACACUGUGUGAACAAAAUGUCAGUGAUUGUUUUAUUGCAACCUAUGGAUUGCCAAAGAGCCGUGUACGUGCACAGGGGGGUUCUGAACAAGUGUUAAAAGAGGCCGGGUGGAGAACGGACUGAGAGUGAUGAAUCAUCCUGCCUUUUAUCUGCCGCUCUUAGCGUCGCCCCCCCCUGAAUGAAGCACGCUCAAAAAACGGAAAGAGAAGGAAUGACUAAAGGAGGAGAGAAAUCGUACCGUCGACUUUCUUGGACACACAAUCGAGCCUUAAGCUAACUACAGUAUACGCUGUAUCGGAGGACAGCCAUCGAGGAGUGCCAGUGCUGCUGGAGAGAUUGAUGAACAGGAGGACACACACACACACACACACAGAUAGAUAGACAGACAGGAAGAAAGAGAGAGAGAGAGAGAGAGAAGAGGAAAAAAUAUGGUGGUUAUGUUUACAUGCAGGAGAAGUCUCAUCAAUCAUCAAACAAACAUUUUUUUAGCAAUAUGCAGCUGUUUCUCCCAAGAAUUUACAUUCAUAUGCCGUUAUUUAGCUUCAGUUGAACACAUUUUGGUGGAAACUUAAAGGUACCCUGUGGAGUUUUUGACCACUAGUAGCGCUAUUGAGCAAUGUUUCCAUUUUGUUUGUAUCUCAUGCAUGCACACAAGCAUGCAGAACCGUGGUUUCACACUAUUCCUGAAUGGUUGGCAGCGGUAACAUGUCAUGAAAAAACACCACAAUUUUCAGCAAAUAAGAAGAAGACAGCAAGCUAGCAAGGAUUUUAUAUUAUUAUGCUGGGGGAAAUACAUUCAACACAUUUUUUCGACCUCAAAGAUACACAGAAUGUGUAAAUCUAACUUUGUAUGUUUACAACAAAACUCCACAGGGUACCUUUAAUGCCUCCCAGAAUUUUUUUUAAUUAACGUAUCAACAAAAUGCAUUUGUAAAACAUAUCUGAAACUUUUCUCAUGUUUUUCAUAUGAUAUACACUUCUGAUGACCAAAGCAUGAUUAGAGUUUUUAUGGCGAUGGUUGGACAACUAAAAGCAAUUGGAAAAGGUUGUGGUCAUAGUUACACUUUGUACUUCCACCCCGUUACUUUUGCCUGUGCUUUAUGAAUGCUACGCUUCUUCUAACAUUAGAAGUAGAUGUUGCUAGUAAACAUAAAUGACUAUUGAAAAUUACCUGCAAAUGAAUGGAAAUCAUGGGAGACUUUUGCAUUUUUGAUGCCAACAUAACACAUGGCAGCAGCCCUUGUAUUUGAGUUAUCCAUCUGCAGUUAAAGAUAUUACUUUUUGGCUGUUCAAGCUGUGGUCAGGAACAGUUGAUUGACUUGACAACAUAAGGCUGGUAAGCAGGUGAUUCUCUGCAUGGAAACAUAUCCAGUGAGAUACUCAGCUGAGAGAUGACAGAUGACAUAAGAUUAACAUAAAAUGAGACUGUCAGCAGGACAGGUGGAAGGUGAGAGAGAGAGAGACACAAUGACGACACACAGAGAACGACACGACCGUGAGGAAGAGUCAGUGACCCAGACAGAAAUCUUGAAAAUGUAAUUGGAGGACCAGACGCUGCCUUUUUUGUAUUUUUUUUUUUUCCUCACCCUGCUCGGUCGCAGCAGAUUAAGGUCAAUUUGAGAAAGUCAUUUUUGUGUUUACUGAAUCUGUGAAGUUGCUGUACAUUGAAAGAGCUAAGGACAAACAUGUCACAUUUGUUGUUGCCCCAUCUCUCUUUUUGCCUUUCUCUCUCAUCUCUCCCUGUUCGAGGGCACAUGGAUAUAGCCAGAGGCCUGUACUACGAAGCGAGUUAAACAUACCCAGGGUAUCUUCUUGUUAUCUGGCUUAACUAACCCUAACAACCAAGAACCACGAUCUGUGCGCCGAGCUUUGAUUGGUCAGUAGGCGAUGCUUUAAUACGAGUUGAUCUCUUAUCUGGAAUAUAACCUGCUCCGGAGCAGGUUAGGUGUUCAGCAUAAGUUACCAUGGUGAUCUAAGUUAACCAUCGUCGUAGGACGGAAAACCCAGGGUUCACCCUGAAAUUAACUCACCAACCACAAAUCCUGCUUCGUAGUACAGGCCUCAGGAGGCCUAUUGAGAUGAAAUACACAAAGAAAAUAGGGGGAUUAUAAAAAGGUGUUGAAAGAUGGUCAUAGAAGGGAGAGAACAAUGGAGAGAGAGAUGAAGGUUUUUUUCUGUCUAAAUGCAUUUCCAUUGGACUGUUUUCCAAGUGCCUUGGAGCUCUCUUAUUUUGUCUCUCUCUCCCUACUGCUAUCUUACUCUGACUUUCUUUCUCUCACACAAACACACAUGAAACGAUGAGUACAUUGGGUGCCAACAACUACAAAUGAAUAUACAAUAUAUAGAUAUAGAAACACACACGUCACCUAUUCUCUCUCUCUCUCGUACUCAACUUUAAUACUUUCCUUCUGGAAGUCCAGAUAGCAUUACCUCUUCUGUCUCGAUUGAUACACACAUAUACUCUACACCCUGACACACACAGAGAAAUGCACACUACAUUAAGACAACCACACACUUACGGCACUGGCCAGAUAACUCAAACUGUUGUUUGUAGACUUUGUACAGAAAAAUUUCUUUUUUAAUGUUAUUAUUAUUAUUUAAUAAAGGCUAAAUAACAAGUGA